UCACCACGAUUGCAACAUUAGGGUUUCUAGUCUUCUUCUUCAGCGCAGGCGUCGGCAAGUCUUUGGUGGUGAAGCAAAAAUGGUGAAGGGACGCCAAGGAGAACGUGUCAGGCUUUACACCAGAGGAACGGUUCUAGGUUACAAGAGGUCGAAGUCGAACCAGUACCCGAACACAUCUUUGGUUCAAAUUGAAGGAGUGAACACCAAAGAGGAGGUAGCAUGGUACCAAGGGAAACGCAUGGCGUACAUCUACAAGGCUAAGGUGAAGAGAAAUGGAUCACACUAUCGGUGCAUUUGGGGGAAAGUUACUAGGCCUCAUGGUAACACCGGUAUUGUUCGUGCUAAGUUCAAGUCCAACCUCCCUCCUAAAUCCAUGGGAUCUAGGGUGAGGGUGUUCAUGUACCCAAGCAAUAUCUAAGGAAUUUGAAGGAUUUAAAUCUCACAUGGAUCUGAAUGGAUUUUGUGUUGCAGCUUGUAGCCGAGAGAAGAAAAGGAAGGUAUGAUUGUUGGUUGGUGUUUAAAGGGUUGUUCCUAUUAUAACAAUUUUGUGAUACUUAGUUUUGGGUUUGAUGGAAUAUUAGUGGAAUUCUGUACUAGAAACCCUUUUUUUUCAAGUGAUUUGAAUUUAUGUUUGAUUCAGUAACCAUGGUAUUUGCUUUAUUUUGGUACUUGUUUGAAGC